AUGCAUGUUAUUAAUUUCAUUUCACUGUGUUUAGAUCCUGAUGCAAAUAAAUGUCAUGCACGAGGAUGUACUUGGGAUACAGAAAUUCCAACUAAUAUGCCUGUUUGUUACAUUCCGAAAUGGAAAGGUGGUUAUGAGCUUGUUGGACACGAAAAAAUUACACAAUGGGACAUUCAAUAUAAACUUCGACGAUUGUCGAAAAAGCCUAUUAAAAAUGUUCCAUUUUCAGAAGAAUUAGAUUUCAGUCUAUUUGGAAAUGAUAUUGAUAAUUUAAAACUGAAAAUAACAACAUCGGGAAUGAAUAUAAUACGAUUGAAAAUACUUGAUGAUGAUCGUGAACGUUACGAGGUACCGAUUCCGAUUAAAUGGUACCCAUCGAAUGUCGAACAACAACAACAACAACAAAAAAUUAAAUUUCGGUUAACAAAAACAAAAUAUAAUCAAAUUGGUUUUCAAAUUGUUCGAGUCGAUACGAAAGCCUUGCUGUUUGAUACAUCGUAUUUUGCUGAAGGUUUUAUUUACGAUGAUAAAUACUUACAAUUUAUGACAACAAUACCAUCAAAAAAUAUUUAUGGUAUGGGAGAAAACACACAUUCAUCAUUUCAACAUAAUUUGAAUUCAAAUAUGCGUUAUGGUAUAUUUGCAAGAGAUCAACGACCAAUAGGUCUUAAUGAAAAUUUAUAUGGUACACAUCCAUUUUAUAUGGUCAUAGAAAAUGAUGGAAAUGCAUUUGGGGUUUUCAUAUUUAAUUCAAAUGCUCAAGAUUAUAAAUUUAGCCUAUUUGAACGAGACAAAUCAAUGUUAACAUAUCGAACAAUAGGUGGUAUUCUUGAUCUAUUCUUUUUUGCUGGUCCAACACCAGAAGAUGUAGUACAACAAUAUCAACAAGUGAUUGGAACACCUUAUAUACCUCCAUAUUGGGGACUUGGCUUUCAGUUGGGUCGAUACGGAUAUAAUACACUGGAUAAUAUGCGAGCAGCAAUGAAUAGAACACUAUCAAAUAAGAUACCGUUGGAUGUCAUGAAUGACUGUUUUGAUAAUAAUCUUGAUUUUACAUGGGAUCAUACUCGAUUCAAAAAUCUACCGGAAUUUAUCAAUUCAUUACAUGAGCAAGGAAUGAAAUUUAUAACCAUAUUAGAUCCUGCAAUUGAUUCGGAAAAAGAAAACUAUUCCACAUUUUUAGAAGGUCAAAAAAAAGACAUUUGGAUUAAAUGGCCGAAAAAUAAAAAUAUACAAUUUAAUGAAACUGAAUGGUGGAAAACAGAAAUAUUAAAUUAUCAUCAAAAAUUGAAAUUUGACGGUUUAUGGAUUGAUAUGAAUGAACCGAGUAACUUUGAUACGAGUAAAGAUCAUUCAUGGAAUUGGCCAUUUCGUGAAGAUUGGAAUUGUCCAGUAGACGAAUGGGACGACCCGAUAUAUAAAACAGCUAUAAAAGGUGAUCGCCUGUCAGACAAAACAUUGUGUAUGAUUGUAGAACAAUCAAAUGGUUCACACAUAUUUCGACACUAUGAUGUUCAUACUUUGUAUGGUUGGUCUCAAACACUAGCAACGUUGCCAGCUGCUCAAGCGACAGAAAAUAAACGCUCAGUUGUCAUUAGUCGUUCAACAUUUCCGACAUCCGGCAAGUACGGUGGCCAUUGGUUAGGAGAUAAUUCAGCGAAAUGGUCACAUGUCAAAUAUAACAUAAUUGGUAUGUUAGAAUUUAAUUUGUUUGGCAUUCCAUAUAUUGGUGCGGACAUCUGCGGCUAUUACGGUAAUGCGUCGGAACAGUUAUGUCAACGAUGGAUGCAAGAAGGCGCAUUUAAUCCAUUUUUUCGUAAUCAUAAUGGAGGAUUUAUAGAUCAAGAUCCAGGUAGUUGGUCUCCGCCAGUUGUCGAGUCUAAUCGUAAAGUGGUUGAAACUCGUUAUACUCUUCUACCAUAUUUGUAUACAUUAUUUUAUCGUGCACAUAUUAUGGGUGGCACUGUUGUUCGUAGUAUGGCACACGAGUUUCCAGAAGAUAGUCAAUGCUGGUCAUUGGAUGAACAAUUUUUAUGGGGCAAAUAUUUACUCAUAGCCCCAGUUAUUUAUGAAAACCAUGUUCAAAAAGAAAUCUAUUUUUCUGGUUUAAAUUCAAAUGAACGAUGGUACAAUUAUUAUACAGGCGAAGAAAUGUAUCAAACAGCAGAUGGAUCAUCAUUUGUCACUGUCCCAGCACCACUCAACCAUUUGCCGUUAUAUCUGAGAGGUGGUGCAAUUAUUCCACAUCAAAAACAUGCACUAAAUACGCAGAAAAGUAGAUUGCUGCCGAUGUAUCUGAAAAUAGCAUUGGAUAAACAACAAAACGCAAAAGGUAGUUAUUUGUUUAAUGUGACAUAA